GAAGAAGAAGAAGAAGAAGAAGAAGAAGAAGAGAUACCGGAAGUACUUGUCGCGGCUAACGCUAACUUUUCCCGUUACCUGUCACCACAACACGGAGUCGGAGCGAAGUUCUGUUCUGACCGGAUUCUCGUGUUUCUGUGGACCGACUGCUGUUAGCUGAGGAUGCUAAAGCAGCUAGCGUAGUUUAUUAGCAGCUAACAGACGGACACGCGCUGCUGGUCGGAGCUGUUUCCGGAGCUAAUGAAGCUAACUUAGCUUGCUAGCAGGAAGUAGACGGAGCCGAGCGGACUGUGAACACAGCGCACAUCAGAGUGAGCAGACAGUUUUUAACGGAGUGUUUCUGGAGGGAAAGUUCGUGUGAGUCAGUGAAAAUGUCUAAAGUCCAAACGCUGAGAGUUGUUGUGAAGCAGCGACUAACUGCGGCUGCUGAAGAGAUAUUUGAGCUGUUUGAAAGAACGAUAGCAGAGUACGAGGAGGAACUGUGUCGACACCGGAAACUACUGGCCGUCCAGAAACAAACAGACGUCCAGCAGCCGUCGGGCAGUGAGGAGGUUUGUUCUGAGCCACCGGAGCUGCUGCACAUUAAGGAGGAGCAGGAGGAGGUCUGGACCAGUCAGGAGGAGGCCGACAUCAUCCAGUUCACCUUCACUCCUCUCCCGGCGAAGGGUGACGACGAUGACAAGAAAAACAGGUCCUCACAGCCUGGUCAGAGUCUGACCGAACAGAUGGAGACCGGGGCUGACGGAGAGGACUGUGGAGGACCAGAACCAGCCAGGACCUCAGAUCCAGUUCAACAUUUACACCCUGUGACUGAAGACAAGGCGUCACACUCCUCUGAACUGGAUUCAGAAGACGCUUCUGAAUCUGAGAGCGAUGACGACGCCUCCGAUUCCGACUCUGAUGACAGCGGCUCUGAUUCUGAUGACAAUGCCUUUGAACACGAGACUGAUUACAGCUGUGAUCGGGACGAGACGGCGGGACCACAGACGGGUUUAAACCCUCUGCAGAACAGUGAAGUACAUGUGAGCGACGUGGACUUCAACUCCGGGACGUCGUCGUUCAUCCCCUCUGAAUGUGCUGCGAGCUUCGGCCAGGACGGACCAGAGUCUGAAGGAAAAAACUUCAGCUGCUCGUUCUGUACGAAGACGUUUCAGUGGAGGUGUGAUGUCGAACGACACAUGAGAGUCCACACGGGGGAGAAACCCUUCAGCUGCUCAGUCUGCGGGAAGAGAUUCACACAGAACUCCACUUUGACCUCACACCUGAGAGUUCACACAGGUGAGAAGCCUUACACCUGCUCCAUCUGUAACACCAGCUUCAGAGUCAGACACAACCUGUCGGCUCACAUGAGGAUCCACACCGGGGAGAGACCGUUCGGUUGUUCAGUUUGUGGCCGAGGGUUCACGCGGAAGCAUUACCUCAAACAACACAUGAUCGCUCACACCAACGAGAAGCCCAUCAGCUGUUCGCUCUGUGGCGAAGGAUUUGCAGAAAGGAGGGACCUCAAACAGCACAUGACGGUCCACGUCGGGGAGAAACCGUUCAGCUGUUCAGUCUGCGGUCAGAGAUUUGCACAUGAUGGAAAUCUGAAGCGACACAUGAGCGUCCACAGCGGGGAGAAACUAGUGAGCUGCAACCUGUGUGAUAAAAGAUCCCCUCAUGGCGCUCAGUCACAUUCCACUCAUAUCCACUGAGACGUAGUUUAGAUGUGUGUGAGGGAAACAUGACAAACUCACAUGAGAGAGAAAAAGCUCUGAAGCGUUGUGACGUCUGAUCGUUCACUGACUGGUUCUGCUCCGUCUGUGUCCUGGCUGAAGGCUCGCCGUCGUGUCCUGGUCUGUUCCCUGAUGUUCGUCCUCUGUGGUGAAAUAAAAAUACUUUCUGUUUGUUAACAAAUAUAAACUGAUUCCACUUUGUGUUACUGCCUCCUGAAGGGGUGAUGAAUAUGCUGAAGUCAGAUUAUAAUUAUGAUCACAGAUGUAUCUGUAUCCAUGUGAAGACUCUGUUUGUAGCUGUUGGUGUAGAAAUGUUCUGUCGUUAAGUUGCUGUUGGAGUCAUUUUUAGAGUCGAGUUUAUUGUGAAACUGUUUAUUACAGACUUUGUUUAUUAACCAGUCGAGGGAUCAGUGUAGAAACACACACCUGAAUCAUCAUCGUGGUGUACCUGCUGUGUAAACUCGUGUUAAAACCCACCAGCACCAACAGAGACCAGAAGUCGGGCCGGGAGGUCCGAGCUGCUGCUGAGCUGAUUGCAGCAGGACUUUGUGUCUGGGAGGUCGUCGAUCUGCUGAUCUGGGUUUCUGAUCUGGACUGGUUUUCACUCAGCAUUUGUUUCUGUAGUUUAGUUUGUUGUGACACCGACUUGGAUCAGUAGUUCCAGGUCCAGUCCGGCUCCACUGAACACGUGACGUAUGCAGACUGUUAGCAGCCACAGUCUUUAUUUAUGCUUCUUGGUGAGGUUCUGAUCCUCCUGUCAGUCACUCUGACCCGCUGUCCAGCUGCUGUUCUGGGAUCGAGUCUCUACAGAGUGUUUAUGUUAAACACCCCUGUCGUGGUACCACUGACCCGUCUGCAGGUGGAGCUGAUGGAGUAAAUACUGAUCCACAUCAGUUCAGCUGCUCGUCUGGUCGGCAUACGUUACGUGUUGAGUGAGGUGGGAGCAGUAGACGGUAGUUACUGAUUAUAAACAGUUAUAAUAAUAAUAAUAAGAUCACAGCUCCAGAAUGUUCUGAGCAUUCAAUAAACUUCAAUACAACAUUUCAA